CACGGCUCUGUGUUCUUAUAUCGCCUAAAACGACAAAUCUGCGCUGCAUCUAGCUCCUUCUUGCGCUAUUCCUCCACACCUCUGCCCAUCCACCACUACCUCCAAAAGCCGAACGAAACGUACGCUGUCAGUCCGCCUCCCUCCGCUUCGGUUGGCCUCGUUUACCGUCUCUGUCUCUUUUUCGAAUUUUGUUUUCUCGGAUUUCCUGGAUCUCUGUUUCCCUGUUGAUCUCGUCGUCAGAGCAAAAAGGAACCAGCUCUCUCCCCCAUACUCAAACUUUUUGUCAUUCAUUCCUUCCUUCCUUCAUUACUUCCUGUUCCUACGCCUGUUCCUUCCACUCUCUUACAUACAAAUACACACACAUUCUCUCUCUCACUCUCUCACACACACUCACACACACUCUCUCACUCUCUCUCUUUUCUCCCCUCUAAAACCUCCUUCCUCUCCAUGUUUUCUCCGCGUCUCUCUCCUUCUUUUGUGAUUUAAUUUUGCUGUUUUCGUCUUUUUCCUUCAUUUCUUCAUUUCCUCGCUCAUGGCUCGUCCAUACAUGCACAACGAUGAUGAAUCUACAAACUCUAUUCCUCUCCGCGACCUGCGUCCUCCUGCUCGAAAUUCACAACAAUCCACCGUUGGUAUCCACACAGACGUUGAUGUCGAAACCGACGUCGACGUUCACUCGCCUUUCCUUGAUCCAGCGAGUCCCGACCUGAGUGAACAGGAUAUCAACAGCAGAGUCCUCGAUCCCAGCGACUUUCCGGGAAUCCAUCAACUCGAUGGACUUGGCACGCUCGAUGACAUAGACGCCGGGAGCGCCGCUCAGCACGAGCCCGGUCUGAAGCUUCCUCUACUCCUCGCUCGUCCUCGCCCGUUGCGGCUCUUCCCACGUCGGGCAAUGAGCGGAUGACAGACACUCCAGAGUCCAUGCAAACCACAGAGAACCCGUUUCUUUCAUACCAUGCACGUCAACGGUCAUCCACCAGUUUCGCCGACAACGAGGCCCUUCUCACUCAUUCCCUGGGCAUAGACGCUUCCCAAGGGAAGCAGACCCCUCCUCCUACCACCUCAUUCACCUCAUCUACGCCUUCCGCUUUCCACAAGUCCGACUCUGCACAUAGAUCCAAAUACGCCUCUUCUGCAGCCUAUUCCAAGCGACGUCUCAAAUUCUCUCAGUUUCGUGCCAUACUUUCCGUUCUCUUCGCCGAAUUCUACACCUCUGUGGUGCGCGUUGUCAACAGCCCUUAUACCAGUAAACAGUAUCCCGAGCAUAUUUCCCGCCCGGGCACUAAACAAUGCCGAAAGAUUUUCUCUUCGCCGGUGUUCAAUCUUACCAUUUUUUUCCUCCUCGUUCACCAUGCUAUCGUCCUUGCAUGUCGUACAAGCAGUAUGCCAGGAGCCCUCAAGGCUAUUGACCUUACAAUCUUUGUUAUUUUCCUUU